AUGGGACCCAGCGCUGAUGGUGUAGGAUUCAUGGACGAUCAUGGCGGCCUGCACACGCCGCCACCAACCACAACGGUAGCAGUUGUGGGUGCAGGUCCGUCAGGACUGAUGCUUGCGCCAGACAAAACAUCGACGGGCAAGGCUGAUGGAAUGCAACCAAAAACCAUCGAGACUUUCAAGCAGCUUAGACUUGCUGAUGACCUUCUGAGAAAAGGAGUGAAAGUCUACGAUAUAUCUUUCUGGGAAUCUACGGUGGACAAGCCUCUUCACCGGACUAGUCGUCAGAGCCAUUACCCAGACCAUGUCGGGGCGUCAAAUCCAUUUGUCCUUCUGGCGCAUCAGGGGAUGGUAGAGGAUGUUCUGAUCCAAGACAUAGAGCAGCGCGGCGUUUUUGUUUCGCGCAGCAGUCCGUUCAUCGAAUGUUCAAGAUCAGCUGCAGACGGGAAAAUGCAUGUUAUCUAUGAAGACGCCACGACCAAGGCACCCAAGACUAUGGAGGCAGAUUACCUCAUAGGAUGUGACGGUGCACAUUCGAAAGUUAGACCCUUCAUACCCGAAGCCAAGCUGAUUGGCGAAAUGACCAAUGCGUCUUGGGGAGUGUUGGACGGUGUCAUUAACACGGAUUUUCCAGACCUGUGGAGCAAAGUUGCUGUCCGUACACAUCAUGCUGGUUCCAUUCUCUGGAUUCCAAGGGAGCGGAAUAUGACCCGCCUGUAUGUCGAGCUCAGCUCGACAGAGGGUAAUCGGAUGGAUAAAUCUCUUGCCACGCCAGAAUAUGUCAUCAGCAGAGCCAGGCAAGCGAUGGCACCGUAUACUUUGGAAUGGAAGAGCAUUGAAUGGUUUGGUAAUUACGUCGUCAGCCAGCGAGUUGCCAAUCACUUCGCAGAUGCAGAACUACAGAUCUUUAUCGCUGGAGAUGCCGGCCACUGUCAUUCUGCCCUUGCGGCCCAAGGCGCCAACACUAGCAUGCACGACAGCUUCAAUCUUGCAUGGAAGCUCAACCUGGUAGCACGAGACCUAGCCCCCCGCUCCCUCCUUGCCACAUACGAGGCGGAAAGGAAGAAAAUCGCCCAAGACCUCAUCGAUUUCGAUGUCGGACACGUCAAGGCAUUCAGCGAAGGCGACGAGGCCCUGACGCGCAACUUCGACGAGAACAUCCGCUUCAUUUCCGGUGUCGGAGCAGAAUAUGCGCCCAACAUCCUCAACCAGGUGAGCUCCGCGCCACAGCUGCCAGGCUCAUCCAUCAACACCCUGAAGCCCGGCGCCCUCCUAACGCCCGCACGAGUCACCCGCUUCAUCGACGCAAACCCCGUCGACAUCGAGCUCGACAUCCCACUCCUCAGCCAGUUCCGCAUCUACAUGUUCACCCCGAGCCUGCAGGCAGGCACAGCGUUCUUGGAAAGUCUGUGCAACUACAUCCAAUCACCGACAUCCUUCCUCUCGCGCGCCAGCAUGCGUGCUAACAAAUCCUACGCUGCUAAUCCACCCUCCGUCGGCCCGCUGGAUGAAUUCGCUCAGUUAGACAGAUACACGCCCGUGUCCAAACUAUUCACGUACGCGCUUGUGACGCGGACGGCGAAAUGCGAUGCGGAAAUUUCCUCGCUGCCCGCGUUGUUACAGGCGAGCCGGUGGACUUUCUAUCUUGAUGAUGUCAUUCCUGGUGGCGGCUGCACGGAGAAGUGGCUGGGUAAUGUGCCAGGAGAUGAGGUUGCGAUUGUCAAUGUUCGACCGGAUGGCUAUGUAGGGAGUAUUUGGAGGUGUGGAGGUGUUGGACAGAAUGGGGAAGCGGGGUCAGAUCUGGGGAGGAAGGCGGACAGGAUUUUGUGUCUCUUUGCUCCCUAA